AUGACUGGCAAUAUCAACGUCCAUGCAUUCUAUGUUGAAGGGGCUACUGCUGCGUCUUAUCGGAUUGGGGAUUCAAUUGCCAAUAUCAGCCAACUGAGAGCCUCUCUCCAAUGCCAUGCUGCACUCAAGUUUGACAGAGAAUUGUUACAACCACCUGAGAUUCACCCUGACCCAAAUUCUGUCCUUCUCACUACAAAUAUCCAUGGUACUGCCAUGCUUGAAGAUAACUUGAUGACCCUCGAGACAACCAUGACUCAAACCUUGGACCUGGAGGGAUUGCUUCUUGAGGAGAAGAAGAUCAGGAUGGAGGAGAAGGAACAUAGUGGGAAUGAGAUGAUAGCCAUGCUAACGAGGAUCAAGGAGAUUGAAGAUGAGCAUAUUGCAGCUACUGGGUGGGUCAGCGGUGUGGAUACCAAUCUCAUGGAUCACAUUUUACUCUGCCACUUACUUGAUCUCAUGCAAGCAAAGCUAGCCACCAUGUCUGGACUUCCCAAAUGCAAGAAUAUCCUCCAUUGUCCUGCAUGA